GCAGGCCGCUCGGAAGCAGGAAGUUAUUAUCACACCCAGUCCCGCCUCCUGCACUUCCAGAGAUCUGCCUGCUUUGGCCCCUUAACGGGCCAUAGAACUCCCUCCGCGCCGCGCCUCAGGCCUCGGUAAUGAUCGCGUGGAGCCGCGGGACAGCGGGAAGGCGGGCCCGAGUGGGAGGGGCCCGAGGUAGAGGAGCCGGGCCCCUGCGGCGGAGGACGUCUCUCCCCGCCCCCAGGGUACAGCCGCGGGCAGCGUGGGGGGAGCCCUUAGGCUGGACUGAGUUCGAAUUUUGCCUUUAGGAGUCCCUCCGGGCCCGACCCCCUCCCGCCUGUGCCUCCUGGAGCCCCGCCCCUCCCCCCCCCAGGACCUGGGACGCUGCAGCUGGGCGGGGCUGGCUGGGACCAGAACGGAAGUGGAGCCACAGCAGAACUUAGCUGGCAGGGCAGCAUUCGAAUUGCCUGCGAGGGAGCCUGGAGUGCCCGGGAUGGCCCUGCAGACGGACAGACUCCCAGCCCAGGAGGUGGUGACUUUCCAGGAUGUGGCUGUGGACUUCACGUGGGAGGAGUGGCGCCUCUUGUCCCCUCCCCAGAAGGAGCUGUACAAGGAGGUGAUGCUGGAGAAUGUCCGGAACCUGCUCUCUGUGGGGCUUCCAGCUCCCCCUGAAGAUGUGAUCUCUUAUUUGGAGCAGAGGGAAGCCCCGUGGAUGCUGGAGCAAGAAGGCCUGAGGAACUGCUGCCCAGGAGGAGAGAUCAGAUCUGAAAUAAAGGCAACUCUAACAGAGGUGAGCCACUUUGUGGAAGAAAUGGAUCUACAAAGAUUCAUGAGUGAUGGUCCCAAUAACAUGACUCCCAAAGAAUUCUGUGUUGAAUUUCAACAUUUGUCACAUAUUGAACAUCAAAGAAUGCACACUGAGAAAAAAUCUAGUAAAAGUAAACAGUGUAGAAAGUCUUUUAUGCACGGGGCCCGUCUUCCUAGACAUCAGAGAACCCACAUUGGGGAGAAACCUUAUGAAUGCAAGCAGUGUGGAAAGACAUUCAGUCGGAGCUCUAGUCUUGCUAUACAUCAGAGAAUCCACACUGGGGAAAAACCUUAUGAAUGCAAGCAAUGUGGAAAAGCAUAUAAUCACAGCUCCAGUCUUGCUGUACAUCAGAGAAUCCAUACUGGGGAGAAACCUUAUGAAUGCAAGCAAUGUGGAAAGGAAUUCAGAUGGAACUCUGCUCUUGCUCGACAUCGGAAAAUCCACACUGGGGAGAUACUUUAUGAAUGCAAGCACUGUGGAAAGACAUUCAGUCGGAGCUCCUACCUUGCUAUACAUCAAAGAACCCACACUGGGGAGAAACCUUAUGAAUGUAAGCAUUGUGGCAAGACAUUCAGUCAGAGCUCUGGUCUUACUGAACAUCAGAGAAUCCACACUGGGGAGAAACCUUAUGAAUGCAAGCAAUGUGGAAAGACAUUCAGUCAGAGCUCCUCUCUUGCCGCACAUCAAAGAAUCCACACCGGGGAGAAACCUUAUGAAUGUAAACACUGUGGAAAGACAUUCCGUCAGAGCUCCAAUCUUUCUGUACAUCAGAGAACGCACACUGGGGAGAGACCUUAUGAAUGCAAUCAAUGUGGAAAGACAUUCAGUAAGAGCUCCACUCUUGCUGUACAUCAGAGAAUCCAUAUGAGGAGGAACCUUAAGAAUACAAGCUAUGUGGAAAAAUGUUCACAUGUAGCUCCAGUCUUUCUUUUGUGUGAAGGGAAUAUACCCUCUCCCCUUUCUAGGGCACCUUACCUGGCAUGAGCCUGAACUUGACUCAGGCAAGGAUUGCAUGAUGGAAAUCAUUGAGUGAGGAUAGGAUGGGAUUAGGAAAAAGGCAGCAAUAGAGUUGAUAGAUCAUGAUGGGGAAAGGGUCAUGUCCCCUAGACUUCCCCCUUGGGUGACCCAGGGACAAUAGAAAGCCACGGUUGGCUCCUGAGAUGAGAUUUGUGUGAGUUAGCAGGCAGAGGAAAGUUUUGAUAAACUGAGGCAAGAGUGAUAUGCAAGCUUUUUUCUUCCAAUUUUGUUGCUGGCUGGACUUCCCUGUGAGCAUGACUAGGAUGCCCUAAUGGUGGCCACAGACCAGCAAGCUAUAUGGAGCAGUGAAGAAAUUUAUUUCUCGUUUUUCCAUUUUCCUCCAUUUUUUAUUUAAUAAAAUUAAUGGAUACUCAUAAUUUUCCCUCUUACAGUAUACAUCACAGAAACUAGACAUUUACACAGAGCUCCUACCUUGUUCAAAGUCAGACAGUUCACUCUUAUGUCAUAAGCUCUACUAAGAUUAGGUCCAAAUGGACAUAUGAUUUAGAUAUAAAGCAUGAUGCCAUAAGGAAAUUAAGGAAGCAAAUGAUAGUUUACUUUUCAGAUCAGUUUAUUGAUAAAAGAAGAAUUUAUGACAAAAUAAGUAAUAAGAGGUAUAAAAUAGGUAAUUUUUAUUAUAUCAAAUUCAAAACUGUCUGUACAAAUAAAACUAAUGCAGCCAAGAUUAAAAAGUGGAAACAAGUCCCUGAACAAUCUGCAGGGAUCUAGGAGAAAAACACUAUCCAUAAGCAGAGGACAAACUGGGAGUAGAAACACCGAGGAAAAGCAACUGCCUGACUACAGCGGUUGAGGAGACAUGUCAGAAGAGAGACUCUAAACGAACACUCUAAUGCAAAUACUAACAACCUGGCAAUUGGUUCGAAUCAAGAACACGUGUGAUAUCCAGUGGAAUCAGGCGUCGGCUGGGGGGGGGGAGAAAAUAAAUGAUCUUUGUCUAAUGAAUAAUGCUUGGAAAUGAUCAAAUAAAAUAUUAAAAUAUAAAAAAUUUAAAAUAUUUUUUUAAAAAGAGUCUAAAAAAAGGUGGAAACAAAAGUUAUAAUUUGCUUUACAACAAUAUGUCCAAUUAAAUUCUGAUUUUUAAAAA